GGAGAAUCGCUAAAGUCAUCGUGAACGAAGAAGAUCAGUUUCUUUCGCGAACCAUCCGGGUCUGUCUUCAUAACAGUGCCGCGCGCUUCAAAACGGUUCAGUGAAGAUGAGGAACUCUUUCGUCGCUUAUGUUCUCCUGGUUGUGUGCGUGAAGAACGCUCCUGCGCAGUUCAUUGGACAGCCGCCGCAAUAUUUGGAUCAAAGGAGUCAGCUGUCUCCGCAACAGCAGAGUCAUAUUUUAAGCGACGUCCAGCAGCAUCAGCAUAGAUUCAGUUUGAACCCCAAUAAUCAUUUUCCGAAUCAACAAUUCACGAGGCAUCAACAAAUCGUGCAACAAAGCGGUUUGUUUAAUCAACAACCUAGUAAUAGAUUUAAUAAUGAACAGAUUAAUAGGUUUAAUAAUGAACAGAGAUUUGUACAACCUACCCAAGCUAAUAACAUACAAUUUCCAACACAAGCCAGUGCACAACAACAGUUUUUGAAUCAAAAUUUACUGCAGCAGCAACAGAAUUUAUUAUUGCAACAACAACGGCAGUUUUUAAGCAAUCAACAAUUGCAGAAUGUGUUGCCUACAAAUCAAGGGCCUUUACCUCAACCUCAACUGCAACAAUCCUCAAUUGUACAACCCGAUAACUUGGUACCGACUGCAUUCCCAAUUCAACAAACCACAAACAAUAUCGUUCAACAUCAUACUCAAACAGCAUUCACCCCAAAUUUCAUCAACAACCAACAAAAUAAUCACAACCCAUUCCAAGUGAGGCCAACUCAAGAUCCAAUCCAACUCAUUCAACAGCAAAUUCAAGCUUUGGACCCUGAGAAGCAUAAGCAAAGAAUUAAGGAGUUAAGAGAUAAGCAAGCCAUCAUCGAAAAACAUAAUAAGUUUGUUGAGGCCCAGUACGACAAAGCUUUAAAGAAGGCACAAGAAGAACACGAGGAAUUUUUGGAGGAACAAAAAGAUCACAAGAAGAAAUUGUACACCAAGUUAUACAAACAACCUGGUUCAAUACAACAGUAUACAAGCUUUUCACAGCCUAGAUUGAUAUACCCAGAAGAGACGCCAUUAUUUAAGAAGGCUUUGGAUCAAUACUACAAAGAACAUCCUACUACAACUACCACUACAACCACCACAACUACCACGACUACACCUAAGCCUACUACACCUAAGAGGUCUGCUAAGAAGUUAAACAAACCAUCAUUUUUGCCGACUGUAUUACCGUCAUCACAAUCCAAAGUAAAAGCCAUUCAAUCCCUUGAAGAUUUGGAUAAUUUACGUAAAAAAUAUAAAUCACAGCAAAUCCAAAAAGAUGACUUACUAGCCCAACUAAGGCUCGCCAUUGGUAAUACACAAGAAGACGAAUCCAAAAACCUUUCAUCCAGAGAAAUUUCACUGGCUAAUGGAAAAAAAGUCCAGUUAAUCCAAACCUCAGACUCUGAGCUCCUACCAAAAGGUAAAAUCGAAGAAUUGACAUUACCAAAUGGUGAUAAAGUGCAAGUGGUCCGCGCCACACCAAAACCUGACGAAAUUAAACCCGACGAAAUCACUUUACCAACAGGUCAAAAAGUACAAGUAAUCAAAACCCCCAAUUCCAAAUUUCUACCAGAAGGUGAUGAAAAACCAGAGGAAAUCACUCUACCGAAUGGUCAAAAAGUAUUCGCCAUCAAAACCACCGAUCCAAAUCUUAUUGCCAGCGCCUCGACUGCAUCAUUAGGUUCUAAACAACCAGCUAUAAACACUCAAGAAAUCACAUUACCCAACGGAGAAAAAGUCGAGAUCAUCAAAACUACAGAUCCUAAAUUAGUGCCUGGUGCAACCCCUCUUGAACCUGGAAGCGAUUUGGAAAAAUUAGUCCUCGCACGUACAACAACAUUAAAACCACCAAAGGCAGUCCUCGAUGAGUUAACUAAGAACGUCGGUCCUGGUUUUAAAAUUGAUUUACUUAAAAGUGGAUCCAACGGAGGUUUAGAGCAAAUUGUAAGCGCAUCUAACUUACCCGACAAGAAAAAGGUCACCUUCGUGCUUCUUGAGGAACAAAGCGAUGGUACGUUGAAAGUCCAAGGUGUUAAAGGUAAUGGUAAAGGUAAACCUGAAGUUGAUGUUGAUUCAAUCCUUAAGAGAAUUAAGAAUGGCGAGAUUAAGUUACCAAACUUACCUAAAACAACCAAAAAGGCAGAAAUCAAGGUUUCCACUACAGAUAGGCCAGAGGGCGUUACAGUGACUCCUAACUCUAUUGCAUCAGAAGAAACUGGACCUAUUUUGAAGACCAACAUUGGAACACAAUUCAUUGCUACCUCCACACCAAUUUCCACAUUAUAUACAAAAGUUUUCUCCAGCACAAGAAAGCCAACUUACUAUAAUUUGGAUGACGCACCAAAAUCCUCAAAAUCAAACUAUGUAUCCUCAACCACAAGCAAUUAUAUUACAUCCACACCAUCCUCGACAUCUAUUAAAAGUACAACACCUAGAUCCAUCUCUUUGAGCACAUAUUCUGUAGAAACCCAUAGAGAACCACAUAUUCUAAACUUCGCACAAUCAAACCUGAAUGACUUGGUAAAGGAGGCGUCUUCAACAGUGGCAAAUAUGAACCAAAACUCGAUUGUGACGACAUUCCACGGACCGAAAUUGAAUGAGGAAUCAUCUGUGACACUGCAGCAAAGCGUAUCGCCCACUGCUGCCACCUUACCAGAAACACAGUCUGGAAAGGCACUGCCCGAGAUUUUAAAGAAGAACGGAUUGUUCGCCAUGGCUAAAUUCUUGAAGCAAUCCGGUUUGGAUACGAUUUUGAACGAAACAGGACCUUACACCGUUUUUGCGCCCACUGAUAAGGCGUUCAGGACUCUGUUGGUGCAACUUGGAGGUCCAGAAAAAGCAGAGGAAAAGUUCAAGGAGAACCCAAGAUUGCUCAGUGGACUUUUGUUGCACCACGUGAUUCCAGGGGCUUUUACUAUUGGUGAUUUGCAGGAUGAAAUGACAGGAGUAUCCUUAGCAGGGACGCAACUAAGAGUGAACCAGUACAACAUGCAUGAUGUCGAGUGGAAUGAUGUAAAGAUCACCACUAUCAACGGAGCUAAAGUACUGGACGACAAGAAAGACAUCGAGAUACCUCAAGGCAUAGCCCACUCUGUGGACCGCGUAAUGUUCCCCUUGCCAGUCGGAGACUUCGUUCAGACCUUGCAAUCAGAUAGGGAGAGACGUUUCACGAACAUCCUCAGAGCAAUUUUCGCGUCCGGUUUAGCUGAGAUGCUUCAAGAAUCAAAAACUUUCACACUUUUCGCUCCGACUGAUAAGGCUUUCGAAGCUUUAUCCAGCGAGGAUCUAACGAAAACCGUGACAGAUAGAACGCUGGCCAGAGAGUUAAUUUUGAGGCAUAUGGCGGUUGGUACUUUGUACACCAACGGUAUGAGGUACUACCAGAUUAGAGACAGUUUGCUCCCCGAUAGACAGCUCACUCUCAGCAAGCAAUCAGGUAAAGUUAAGAUAAACAACAUUCAAAUUGCCACGCCCAACAUCCCAACAACCAAUGGAGUCAUCCAUGCAAUAGAUUCCCUCCUGUGAACAAAAAUUCAUAAAAAAUUAAAAAAAAACACCAAAUCACCAUAAGAAAAACGUUGUUAACCCAUAAAGUCAUAAAAUCAUUUAAAAUAAUCUAUUUCAUGUUAUCUUUUAAAAUGUUUUCCAAUAAGUUCCAACUGUCAUUUUGUAAUAUAGUAUUUUAUAAGGCUGAUUUAAGGAGUUGAGCUUAUUGUAACACCUGGCAUUUUAUUAGAAUUUUUGUUGCGUAAGAAUAUUUAAUGUAGGUUUAGGAUAUGUAAAAAAG